AUGCCGUCGCCACCAGAGGAUGCCGACAUCUCCAAUCUGGCCGCUGAUGCCGAUGACUCGGUCUUUUCAAUUGUCCAUGAACAUUAUUUAAAGCGAGAACUUAUAAGACUCCAGAUUGAUCAUGAGGUUGCCAAGCUUAAUGAUUUCAAAAAUAUUGGCCAGUUAGGUCCACCAUUCUUACAGCAUAACGACCCCAAUCACCAGAAGCAUGCGACAGCCGGUAGGAGGCGAAGGUCGUCGUCCAAAUCAUCAGCCAAGCGACCAAGAUCUAGCAUGGGAAGACUUAGUUUAGAUGCUACUGUUGAAGAUGACCAUUUGACUCCCGAAGAGAGGUUUCCAAUAUUUCGCCACUUUUUGGCCCAUCGCAUUAAGACAUUCCCAUUUCUGGGUACUGCUGACGACGUGGAGUUCUGGCAGAAAAAGGUUCAACCGUUUAUUGAGAGUUUUGCAGAAAAAGACAUUUCUUCGACUGCUGACCGUGAAGAGGCCACGAAACGAAAACGUAUGGGUGUCAAAAUUACCAAACUCAUUCAAUUGUAUACGGUUUCAGGGGUUCAUACUACUCGCCGUGAGGAGCACGACGUCAAAGUGCAGACUAUUUCUCAACGAGGCAUUCAAGAAGUCGACGGAGCAGAAGUCGCUGAAAAGGCUGCUAAAGUUGAUAAAUUUAUUAAUGGCUAUCGCAUAAAUAUCGAGGGUGUACGCAAAGUCACUACUCGUAAAGGAUUCUUUUCUGAUACCUCUUAUCAGUAUAUCAUUCAGGCAAAUAUGGAGGGUGCACCUCCCGUUCAUGUAGCUCGAAGCUAUUCAGAAUUUAAAGAGCUCGAUAGGAAACUACACAAAGAGUUCCCUGGCAGAGAGGUUCCUCAAUUGCCUGCAAAGAAUAGGGUAUCUAGUUUAUAUGGAGGGGGUGGGAAUCUCGAUUCGAAUGGCAGUAUAUCAAAGGCCACUGGAAGCAAUAAAGGAGUUGGUCUUGGCGAUGAUGAUGAUCUGGAUCUGGACGAAGACGACGACGAUUUUUUCGAGACUGAAUCUGUAUCGUCGGCUAACUCUUCCUCAUCGAAUGUGAAUUCGGCCAAGAAAAAGAAAAUCAAGACACCACUGUCCACGCUGCUGGCGCGCGCCAAACUGGCCCCUUCGCAAUCACCGAGCGAAGUUCCUCGCGAGAAACAGCGGAUUGUCUUACGAGCAUACCUUCAUAAGCUUGUGGAAAUACCUAAAGUCACCAAAAGUGCUGCAUUUUUAGAGUUUCUUUUCAAAGACCGUAUUAGAGACUUGACGGCUGCUGAAAAGGCAGAUAUCGAGAUCCGUAAACAGAUGGAUGCCAUCCGUGUGGAAGAACAGUUGCGAUUUCUGGAAGUCGCCAAAGAACGAGCCAAGAUGCUGGAAGGUUAUAUUACUGAGUUCAAACAGGAACUAAUCAAAAAAGACGGGCUCGCAAAUAUAUUCAGGGAGUUAAAGAUGUAUCGGCGUGUUGAAGACAUGUCACCCAAGUUUCAAAAGUUUAUAGAAUGGGUCGUUAUUGAGCUGGCUGCCACUUUGUACCAUAUUUUUGUAGCACAGGACAGUUCACCUGAGUUUUUUUCCCAAGUCCGACGACUACACAGUCUGAUGCCUUAUUCGGUUUUAAAAGGCAUUUUACGUGUAUCCAACCCGGUAGCAGUCAUGAAGGGUCUUACCGAUCUAUUUUUGGCUCAACCAUUUGGAAAACGGUCUCUGAUGCAGAAUCUAAUGCUUGUCGUACUAGCGGAUGACAUGAAAGCCCAAGAUAAAUUGGCCAACGAGAUUCGGUCUAAAAUGGCGUAUCCAGAGUUGUGUGAUGUAUUUGAAGAAUACGUAGAUGCUGAACCCGAGGUUCACAACUAUGUUCAAAAACUGAGUCAGGAGACAGGCACUGAUUUGAUUAUGCAAAUAUACAGGGUCAGUGGAGAUUCAUUUGGCUCGCCACUACCGCAUGACCAGCUCCAGACUGUGGAAGGCUGGUAUAAAGAUUGGACUUUGAAACGAAAGGAGCAAAGAGAUGGAAAAGAAACUACGGGCAAUCCCUUUGACGACUCGUCGGAAGCUGACUCGUAUGAACAACUUAAAGAGCUGUACUCAAUCAUUGUUCGGAAGCGAGACAAAGAUAUGAUGCAGUUGUUCUGGGAAGAUAGUAUCACAGUACAAUUUCUUAAGGAGCUUAUCACUGUAUUCUACGGCCCGUUAAUUCAAGUUUUCCGGUCAGCCAAAAUUUAUGAAUCAGUUGGCGAUUUUGAAAAGUUCAUGAGUGAUCUCGUUCGAACGGUGCAUAAAGCCGAGGCCGAAGCGCUGAGUGCUGACCCGAAUCAGACAGUUCAGCAAUUCAUCGACUUGUGUAAGCGACAUCAGAAUAUGGUUAUCAGGUUUAUUAAUGAAGUAUAUAUCAACGACAAUGGACUAUUUGAUGGUAUUCUUUUGUGGAUGAGCGAUAUUAUCGAGUUCCUUCGUAACGGUCCUAUCCAGCCACUUGAUUUGGUCGGUUUAAUAGAAAGGGCUGCUGAAGAAGGCGAGAUAUCGGUGGAUGCUCUAGCAGCUGAAAUGGACGCUAUACAGGAUUGGAUCCGAGCACGUCGUGAAUGGCGAGAUCGUCGUGUUAAACUUGAGCAACAGGCUACAAAUGACAGUCAAUCCAGUACUGUAUGGGAUGCUGCAUUACCCAGUGGUGGUCUCAUGGACGGUUCUGCGUUUGGUUUAGCAGAGGUAAGUGUGAUAUUUUUGUGGUCUACAGAUAACUGGACUGUUUUUAGUGACUACAACUUGUGA